AUGGCGAUCGAUAUAAAGAACAAGAACGAGAAAUUGGAGUUGAGUUAUAGCGAUCUUAAUAUGAAAUUAGUAUCAGAAAACAUCGAAUUAGGCAGGAAUGUGAUACCUAGUUUCUCUCAAGAACCUGGAAACACUACAUCGUUAAAUGUAACGCUGAAUGUGGAUCGAGAUUCAAUAGAUCGAGACAGUAUAUCGCUGCUUGAAGAUGACAGAAAAAAGGCUCAAGUGGUUGUGAAGAUCACGAUGGUUGGUUCGGUUGGAUUUCAUCUUGGGAUAUUCAAGCUCAACAAGGUGCCGAUCCAUGUGACCUGUAAUUUUCAGCAAUAUCUUCUUCUUUAUCGCGUCAAGGAGCCGCCGUGUAGUAUUACAAUGUUUCCUACCAGUUUGAUUAACAAUAGACAUUUAUGGCUUUCCUCUGCUCUUUUUGACACUACACUUUCAGCUUCUUAUUGGAAGCUUCAUCAAUCAAUGAAGAGGAAGCCUUAA